GGCCGAAGAAGGUAUCGUGUGAGGGUGUGAUAUAUCCUACCGCUAUAAAUACAGCAUACAGCAGCAUCCUUCAGUACUAACACACCUGGAAGAUCUCGCUUGAGAAACUGUAAACCCAUAAUUCACCAUGAGGACGCUAAUGUUUUCUGCUCUUCUCUGCCUAUCAAUUUCUCUAUCAUGGUCAGCAACAGUCCCUGUGGAAGAAAACACUGAGGCUGCUGCUGAAGAAGCCACAUAUAACAACACUGCUGCUGUAGUUGGAAAUGAAGAAGAAUUUACCCCAGUAUUGACGGCUGAAGAUGGAACUGAGGAUGAGCAACUUCAGCAGAGCCGCUUCCUCUACUGUCCCCCUGGCUGGUUCAAGUCCGGGUCACGUUGUUUCAUGUAUGUGAGCUCCCCAAUGAACUGGAUCAAUGCUGAGAAAUUCUGUGUGAACCAGCAGGCAGCACUAGCCUCAGUCCAGAGCCCACAGGAAUACCACUUCCUGCAGGGUCUAGCUCAAGUGGCUGGCAGAUCGACAGCUUGGAUUGGUGGUUUCUACUUCCAGGGUUCAUGGAUGUGGAUUGACAGAGCAGGCUUCUAUUACACAAAUUGGUUGACACAGAACAGUGUAUCAAGCUUCCAGUGCAUUCACAUGAGCUCCUCAAGUGGCUGGUCAAACGGGAAUUGUGCAUCCGCAUUGUCAUUUAUCUGUGCAAUGGACCCUAACUCUUGUUGAUCCCUGUUUUGAAACAUCAGUUUGUAUGUAGCAUUGGUGCGGCAUUUGCCAUUUUAUAGUUAGAAAGCAGUAAAGUAGCACUUUCGUUAGAGUGCACACAUUUUAAACAAAUACAUUUGUGCUUCAGUUAUUUGAUAGCAUCUGUUUAACAAGUUCAAAAUGAUACGAUUCUGUUGGCAUAGAAAAUAAAUCUUGAUGUCUCGAGAUGUUCUGAUUGACUCAGCUGGGUGAAAUUGUCAGAUUUUUCCUGAUUCAAGUUUUAAAGUGUUGAUACUCCUAAUUCAGAUUAAAAUGAAUGUAAGAUGUUUUCCUUAAAUAAAAAAAAAUGAAGCCUAA